UACAAAGUAGAAACACAAGGAACGUUGAAAAGCAACAAACGGCGGCGAACCGGGCAACAAGAAUUAGGGUUUCUCUCCACCCAUCCAAUCCAAUGGGCAAAUCGGCAAGAAAGAAGCCCCGACUCCCAAAAUCAAACCCUAAAUCUGAACAAGACCCAACAUCUGACCCACCCCCAAUCAUCCUCAGCAGCGACGAUGAAGCCGACGAUGACCUAAGCUUGAAAAUCGUUCAAAAAGCAAUGCUACGAGCCUGUGGCAACGAACCAAGCACCAAUCCCUCAUCAUCUGUUGCAGAAGUGAAGAAAAAGAGAAAGAAGAUGAAGGAAAAGGAGGAGAAGAUUGGAGUACACGUUAAUGUGGGUGAGGAUGUGGAGGCAAAGGAGGAUGAUGUCGCACCAGUAGACGCUGAUGCAACAAUGGAGACAGACCCAUCAGAGAAAUCUGAUAAUAUCGUUCUGCGAAAGCUUCUUCGGGGUCCAAGGUAUUUUGAUCCUCCGGACAACAGCUGGGGAAAUUGCUAUAAUUGUGGUGAAGGCGGCCAUACAGCUGCAAACUGUACGUCAGCAAAGCGCAAGAAGCCUUGUUUCGUUUGUGGGAGUUUGGAGCAUAAUGUGAAGCAGUGCAACAAGGGGAAAGAUUGCUUUAUCUGCAAGAAAGGUGGUCAUCGUGCAAAAGAUUGCCCCGAGAAAUCCAAUUUUGCAUCUCACAGUUCCAAAGUUUGUUUGAAAUGUGGCGAUUCUGGACAUGAAAUGUUCUCAUGUAAGGGCAAAUAUUCUCCAGAUGACCUCAAGGAAAUACAAUGUUAUGUUUGCAAGUGUUUUGGCCAUCUUUGCUGUGCAAAUUUUGCUGGUGAAGGCCCAAAAGAGGUUUCAUGUUACAGAUGUGGUCAGUUGGGCCAUUCUGGUUGGGAAUGUGCGAGAGUGCAUGCAGAAACAACCAGUAAUGGAACUCCUAGUUCUUGCUACAAGUGUGGGCAGGAAGGUCACAUGGCACGUAAAUGCACUACUUCUGCUAAGAAGGAAAAGAAGAAAGGCGAAUCUCCGAGCUUUAAGAAGAACCACUCGAGGGGUAAACAUGGAAGCCAUUUAGGAGUCAGAUCUGUGCCUAAUGCGCGUAAAAGAAAUAAAACACAGUAUGGUGAACCAAGUUCAUCUCAACCGAAACCAAGGGGUAGUAGGGGUGGUUGGAUAACCGAAGAUCCUGGUGACUAUAACCACAAUAACCAUGGUUGGGGAUCUCCAAAGACCCCGGUUAGGUAUAAAUCUAACGAUAGAUUUCAUGGCAGUGGUUAUAAAUCUUCUAAUGAUAGAUACCAUGGCGGUAGUGGUUAUAAUAACACAGGCUACCAUAGCAAUCAGGGAAGAUAUCAUUACGACAGUCCAGUAGUAUCUAAUGGAUAUCAACAGAGGUUUUCUGCAUCGAGAUUUGGAAACUCGACUAAUUAUGGAAAACAACGAGAAUAUGGUUGGGAUUAUUAGUUUCCGGCUACUAAUGGAACCACUCGGGCAAGUUCAGUUCGUGGAGAUUGUGAAAUAUUAGUUUCCUGCCCUGUUGUUUUUUGUACGCCUUUGCAAGUCGAGCGAUCACCAAGUAUUGGUUUAUCUUUAGCAAAUCAUUUUGUCAUUUUUAUAGAUUAAUUUUAUAAAAAAAAAUAUGAAGAGCAAUUUUUUUCUUUUAAAUUAUUGUUUUGUAUUUUUGGGAAUUAUAUUUUAAGGUGUAUGGAUGCUGCUGCUGCUGAUGAAUAUCAUUAAGCUUUACAUGAA